AUGGGGCCGGACUCGUCGCCCAAGAAGUGGAGCCUCAAGGAGCAGCGCGCCACCUACCUCCAGUGGUUCGCCCUCGCCGACGAAGGUUUGCUUCCACGGCGCCUCAUCCUUUUCCAUCUCGCGGAUGAAUGGAUGUUACUAAAUUUUAUUUCGAUUGCGCCGGUGCUGCUACGCGAACGGAUCAAAGACGGAGAUGGCCGCCUGACGGGGAACGAUGAGCUUAGGUUCUUCGCCAUGUCCAAUCUCUCCAAGCCCGACCUGAAGCAGGGAUAUCUUGGAUUCUACGAGUUUAUGACUGCCAUGCAGAAAAAGAACUCUGGGAGUAAGGGCGAGUCUGCUAUUGUUGCAUGUCAUCCAUCAGAAUCACCGAUACCUGCCAGCUGGUUCAACUCCAAGUCAGGAAAGAAGAUUCCUUUGAAAUCAGUCACUUCGAUCAUCGAUGGGCUAAAGAAAUCAUACAUUGAGAAGUUGAGGCCUUUGGAAAAAACCUACCAGUUCCAUGACUCUGUGUCUCCCUUGCUGACUAGCAGUGAUUUUGAUGCAAAGCCAAUGGUCAUGCUGUUGGGUCAAUACUCCACCGGGAAAACAACAUUCAUAAAGCAUUUACUAAAGACAAGUUAUCCAGGUGCUCAUAUUGGACCAGAACCUACAACAGACAGAUUUGUUGUCAUCACUUCUGGACCGGAUGAAAGAUGCAUUCCUGGAAACACCAUUGCCGUUCAAGCUGACAUGCCAUACAGUGGCCUGUCAUCUUUCGGAACAGCAUUUUUAUCAAAGUUUGAAUGUUCUCAGAUGCCACAUCCAGUAUGA